CCCCCAAACUCUUCUUUCCUCCACAAAUCUCUCUUUCUCUCUGCUUUCUUCAUUUGCUCUCUUCCUUCCUCUUCCGGCUAAACAAAGAGCUUCCAAAAGCUCGUUCCUUUACUCCGAGCGAGCAUAGCUUUCUUAUAACAAUCAGAGAGUUACAGAAGCAAAUCGUUUGUGGGUCUCUAACCAUUUUCUGGGAUCUGUAGCUCAUUUCCAGACUCCAGAUUCAAAAAUUCAACCUUUUUAAGUUUCUUUAGUAAACCUCCGGCUGAGAUCUCUAAAUCCGGGAAGCUAUGGCGCCGUCUCCGUUGACUACGAAUGUUCAGAGUGGCAAGACUACAGAUAAGCAGAAGAAGAUACAGUCCAGUGACCAAGAGGGAAAUGACUAUGCACCCAAGGUGAGGAAACCAUACACGAUAACAAAAGAAAGAGAGAGAUGGACUGAUGAAGAGCACAAUAAGUUUAUCGAAGCCUUGAAGCUACAUGGGAGAGCAUGGAGACGAAUUGAAGAACAUGUGGGUACAAAGACUGCUGUUCAGAUUCGAAGCCAUGCUCAGAAGUUUUUCUCCAAGGUUGCUAAAGAAGCAUCUGGAGGUAAUGGGAGCUCGUUGGAGCCAAUCGUGAUACCGCCUCCUCGUCCCAAGAGAAAACCCACUCAUCCUUACCCACGCAAGCUGGGAGACCAAACAAGCAGAUCAGUUUCUCCCUCGGAACGAGACAAUGGAUCUCCAACCUCUGUCUUGUCCACUGUUGGUUCCUCUGACUCGCAUUCACCUAACCGAAGCUUGUCACCGGUUUCCUCUGCAUCGCCUCCUCCUGCUCCUCCUCUUGCAACUACUGAAGAAGAGCUUGAGACUCUUGUAGCUGACAAAAGCAAAAACUUAUCUACGAAGCUGGAGUUGUUUCCAAUAGAACCGACGAAGCAAAGCCUUAAACUAUUCGGGAAGACAGUUUUGGUGUCGGAUUCAGGCAUGUCCUCGUAUUGUAAGUCACCUAUCAUUCAGCCGUUACCAAGGAAACUCUCCAGAUCCGAGACAUUCCCCAUGGUGAUAAUGAACCCACAAGAGAAACUCCUGAGCUGUUGGAUACAUCAACAAGUCCCUUCUAAGCAAGAGGAAGUGGAAAACAGAUGCUCGGAUUCAGAGAAGGCUGUGCAGAACGAAGGAUCUUCGUCGACUGGUUCAAACACUGGUUCGGUGGAUGAUACAGGACACACGGACAAGAGCGGCUCAGAACCAGCGGAAACAAUGGUGUGUCGGUGGGAGUUGAAACCAAGCGAGAGGUCUGCGUUUUCUGAGCUCAGAAGAACGAACUCUGAGUCUAACUCAAGAGGGUUUGGUCCAUACAAGAAGAGAAAAAUGGUUAUAGAGACAGAAGAAGAAGAACAAGAACAGAUACGCCUCUGCUUAUAAUUAUAUGACAUUUUCUGAGGUACUCAUCAAAGUCUUUUAGAUUCAAAUAUUCAUUAAACUUCUUAAUGUUCAUCAAAGUGUUUAAGUUUUUGUUGUUGUUGUUGUUGUUGUUUUUCAUUUGUGUUCUUCGAGCUGUUUGUUGUUGUUUUAGGCAUAAUUUGUUUACUGUAUACCACUUGUACAAUUUUUUCCCCAAAGUUAAUCUAGUGAUUAUGAUGA